GCCAACAAUUUCAAGACAACGUCCGUCUGUAAGAAAACAAGGCUGGCCUCUUUCUCCAGCGCAACCGCUGAACUUCUCAUUCCUUGUGCUUCAAAAUCUGAAUCAAGCUGGCAGUGUAAGACAAUAGGAGAAGGAUAUAUUUGCUGUAAAAUCUGUGAAGGUCUACUACGCAAGCCAUGGGCUGUGCCUUCACAUUCAUUAUUUGUAUAUACACAACCUUGUAGCUGGCAUGUCUCAGUUGGCUUGCUGGUGUCUUCUUUAUGAACAAUAUUGGCAAUCAGUCAGCCCUUUAAGAGUUUUCAUAUUCAUUUAGUGAACUUAACUGGUACAAUAUGUUCUUUGGUUCAUUAAUUUUGUUUUUUAUUCAUUUUCUCUCUUUCUUGAAGAUUUGUUUAUGGAAGAGUCUGAUUGAUGAUCUGGGUCCUUCUUACUAAUUCUGGUCAUUUUGUUCUUUUUUAACUGGUCAGAGAUGAUUUGUGAAGUGGAACUGCUAAGAGAUGUUCCAGUUCUUGCUGGAAACUUGGAUAGAAAUGGACUGAUCCCACAACGGUCCAUUGUAAACCGUCUAUUGGAGGAUCUUUUCAUAGAGAAAUCGAGCAGGGAUCAUGGCUACUUUCUUGCUGUAACUGGCUUGAAGAAAAUUGGCAAAGGAGAGGCAGUAGAUGAGUCAGGGGAUGCAUUCUUCCCUGUUGUCUUUAACUGCCGCACCUUCUUGCCUUGCAGUGGAGAAGUAUUACAAGGUUUUGUUCAUCAUGUAUCUACAUCUGGUGUGUUCUUGAGGUGUGGACCCAUCAAAUAUAUAUUCCUCUCACCUCGUAAAAUGCCAAAUUACCACUAUGUGCCUGGGGAAAAGCCAGCCUUUGUAAGUGAUGAGCUAGCAAAGAUAGAGAGUGGUGUAGUGGUUCAGUUCGUGGUGCUUGCGGUGAAAUGGAUAGAGAAGAAGGGAACUAAUAUUAGGAGGGACUUUGUGAUGCUUGCUAGCAUUGAAGGUAACUCCCUUGGACCAGUUUCGUUGUCUGGCUCUGAUGAAUUGGAGUUGGGAAUGGUUGUAUAGGUUCAAAACAAAAUUCUGCUUCACAUUUUCAGCUUCAUGGGUUUUUGUAAAGAAUUUGGGGUCUCAAAGAUAGGAUAGUCGCUACACUUGUUAUAGAUGAAUUCAUAGCAUUGUCAUAACUAGUUAUGUAGUCCUCUUUCUGGCUAAAACAUUUAUGUAGUCCUUAUGAAGCAUUUACAUGAAAGGAAAUCUUUUGAAUUUCAGU